UCUCUCUCUCUCUCUUCCCCUACACCUCUCUCUCUCUCUCCUCUCUCUCUCCUCUCUUUCUCUCUCUCCUCGCUCUCGCUCUCGCUCUCUCUCGGAGCAUCGUCGUCUUCGUGAUCGGGUCGUUGUGAGCGCGCGUUCUCGCCACUGGGAUCGGUUUCGAAGUGGGGGGAGGUGGUGGGCGGGGGGCGGGAGGCGUUUGAUGGAAUCGAUGUGAGGCGACUACGCGAAUGAGUUCCCAAUUCAAGCGCCCUAAUCUGUCUCGAGCGGAUCCGUCGGGGCAACAACAACCCAAUAUGGCUUUGGCGCCGAGUUCUGGGACAAGCAAUAAACUCACAACCGACGAUGCCCUAAAUUAUUUGAAAGCCGUGAAGGAUAUAUUCCAAGAUAAAAGGGAGAAAUAUGAUGAGUUCUUAGAGGUUAUGAAAGACUUUAAGAGCCAGAGGAUUGAUACUAAUGGGGUUAUAAUGAGGGUGAAGGAGUUAUUCAAGGGGCACAAAAAUCUGAUACUCGGAUUUAAUACCUUCCUGCCGAAAGGUUACGAGAUCAAACUUCACGAGGAGAAGAAGCCCGUCGAAUUCGAGGAAGCUAUUAAUUUUGUAAACAAAAUAAAGAAUCGGUUUGCGAAUGACGAUCAUGUUUACAAGUCGUUCUUGGAUAUUCUUAACAUGUAUCGGAAGGAAAACAAGUCCAUCCAUGAUGUUUACCAGGAGGUUGCCGCCCUUUUCCGGGACCACCACGAUUUGCUCGAAGAAUUCACGUACUUUCUGCCCGACGCAUCGGCUGCCAUCGGCCCACAGCAUGUGUCUUCGAGUAGAGUUCCUAUUCGUCGGGAUGAGAGGAGCUCUGUGAUGCCUUCUAUGAGGCCUGCUCAUGUGGAUAAGAGGGAUAAUGCUUACAACUCACUUGCUGAUCGCGACCCUAGUGUUGAUCGGCCCGACCCCGAGCAUGAUAGGCAGAGAAGACGCAUCGAAAAGGAAAAGGAUCGGAAAGAAGAUAAGGAUAGAAGGGAUCGUGAGUGUGAUGAGAAAGGUUUAGAUCAUGAUAAUAGAGAUUUAGACAGCGGGCCCCGCAAGCGAAAGCCUACUUCUAGAAGGAUCGAGGACUCCAUCGCUGGGCAAAUGCCGCAUGGUGGGGAAGGCACCGAGAAUGGAAUGUAUAGCAUGUCAGCUUCAUCGUUCGAUGAUAGGAAUGCCUUGAAGAGUGUGUACACGCAAGAAUUUAACUUUUGCGAGAAAGUGAAGGAGAAGUUACACCCUGAUUCAUACCAGGAGUUUUUGAAAUGCUUGCACAUAUACAGUCAGGAGAUUAUUACUAGAAAUGAGUUGAAGAACUUGGUAAACGAUAUUCUUGGGAAGUACCCAGAUCUUAUGGAAGGUUUCAAUGAAUUUUUAGCCCAUUGCGAGAACAUAGAUGAAUUUCUUGCAGGAGUGUUCAAUAAAAGGCAAAUGACUAAGCCAGUUAAGGAGGAGGAUAGGGAUAGAGACAGGGAGCAUGACAGGGACGAGAAGGAAAGAGACCGUGAAAGAGAGAGAGAAAAGGAAAGGGAGAGAUUUGAUAAAGGUGCUCCUAUUAAUUCCAAAGAAUUGGCCUCUCAGAAAGCGCCUGUGCUGUCCAGCAAAGAUAAAUAUAAUAUGUGGAAGCCGAUUUCAGAGCUCGACCUUUCAAACUGUCAGCGUUGUACUCCUAGUUACCGCCUUUUGCCUAAAAAUUAUCCCAUGCCUCCUGCAAGCCAUAGGACUGAAUUGGGAGCAUCCGUAUUGAACGAUUUGUGGGUAUCCGUGACAUCAGGAAGUGAGGAUUAUUCUUUCAAGCACAUGCGGAAAAACCAAUAUGAAGAAAGCUUGUUUAGAUGUGAAGAUGACAGGUUUGAGCUAGAUAUGUUACUGGAAUCUGUGAAUGCAACUAUUAAGCGAGUGGAGGAAUUAAUAGAGAAGAUGCAUGACAACUCGGCCAAAUUGGAGAUUCCUAUACACAUUGAAGACCACCUUACUCCUUUGAAUUUGAGAUGCAUUGAACGACUCUAUGGUGACCACGGCUUGGAUGUCAUGGAUGUUCUACGUAAAAACGCUGAUGCUGCAUUACCUGUUAUAUUAACUCGGCUAAAGCAGAAGCAAGAAGAAUGGUCAAAGUGCCGUGCUGAUUUUAAUAAAGUUUGGGCUGAAAUAUAUGCCAAAAACUACCAUAAAUCACUUGACCACCGCAGUUUCUAUUUCAAGCAGCAGGACACAAAGAACCUUUGCACAAAAGCUUUAUUGGCUGAAAUCAAAGAAAUUAAUGAGAAGAAGCGGAAGGAGGAUGACGUGCUUCUUGCUAUUGCUGCCGGGAAUCGUCGCCCCAUAGUUCCCAAUAUGGAAUUCGAAUACUCAGAUUUGGAGAUUCAUGAAGAUUUGUAUCAGAUCGUUAAAUACUCGUGUGAAGAAGUGUGCACAUCUUCCGACCAAGUAGAAAAAGCUAUGAGGGUAUGGACAUCAUUUUUGGAGCCAUUAUUGGGUGUUCCACCACGAACUCAAGGUAAAGAGGAUAAAGAAGAUAUGGUGAAACCUAAGAGUGCUACCAAAAAUGGAAACCCUAGAGAAGCAGAAAAGAAGGGCAAUUCGGGUGCUGAUAGUGUGUUAAAUGGCGAAAAAAUGGUUGUGGAGAAUGGCUUCCACGAUGUCGAUCGGGCUGCUUCCAAAAGCCAUAAUCCCAGCAAUACUGCACUUCAAGUAACUGCUCAAGCUGCUCUUACCGAACGGCAUAUUGAUAGUGUCUCUCUUGCUUGUAGAGUUGAACAAAGUCUUAAUAGAACCAAUGUGGAAAUCGGAUCAGGGGCUGGCAUUUCCCUGUCUAAAAGUGUUCAUGCUGCAGUUGAGACUACGACUGUUGCUCGAGUCGGCAAUGAAGUGUUACCUCCUAUAGAGGAAGGGGACAGUAGGAAGCCAAUUAUAUCUACAAACGGUCCCUCAACUGAUGAAACUAAUAAAGCUCGCCGAUUAAAUGAAGUCUCUGCUAGUACGCAUGAUAAUUCUAAAGUUGAAAGGGAGGAAGGCGAAUUAUCACCUAAUGGCGAUUUUGAAGAGGAUAAUUUUGUGGCUUUCGAAGACAAUUCCAUGGAUGUGGCUUCUAAGACGAAGGAUGAACCUGCUGGUGAGAAUGAUGCUGAUGUGGAUGAUGAAGGCGAAGAAUUCGCACAAAAGUCCACAGAAGACAGCGAAAAUGAGUCUCAGGCCGGUGAGGACGUGUCAGGGAGCGAGUCGGGAGAUGCUGAGGAGUGUUUUCGCGAAGAGAAUGAUGAGGAGGAUGAAGAUGCAAAAGCUGAGAGCGAGGGCGAGGCGGAAGGAACAGCUAAUAACGCGCAUGAUGGUGAUGCAGAAAUUAGUUCUCUGCCACUAUCAGAGCGGUUUCUAUAUACUGUGAAGCCUCUUGCAAAACAUGUUCCUCUGGCUUUGCACGAUAAGGGCGAUAAAGGUUCAAGGAUAUUUUACGGGAACGAUUCGUUUUAUGUCUUAUUCAGGCUUCAGCAGAUUUUAUAUGAGAGGAUACUCUCGGCAAAGACAAACUCAUCAGCUGCUGAAAAGAAAUGGAAAACCUCAAAGGACACCGACCCUCCUGACCCAUAUGCCAAAUUUAUGGGUGCAUUGUACAGCCUAAUUGAUGGUUCCGCUGACAGCACCAAGUUUGAAGAUGAUUGCCGUGCUAUUAUUGGAACACAGUCUUAUGUUCUUUUCACAUUAGACAAAUUAAUAUAUAAAAUUGUUAAACAGCUACAAACGGUAGCAUCUGAUGAAAUGGAUAAUAAGCUUCUCCAGCUAUACUCAUACGAGAAGUCAAGGCGCCCUGGGAGGUUUUUCGAUGUUGUUUAUCAUGAAAAUGCUCGUGUUCUUCUCCACGACGAGAACGUGUAUAGAUUUGAAUGUUCUUCAAAUCCGACUCGGUUAUCCAUCCAGCUCAUGGAAUAUGGACUGGAAAAGCCCGAAGUGACUGCGGUUUCAAUCGACCCUAAUUUUUCGUCUUAUCUAUAUAAUGAUUUCUUGUCGAGUGUAUCAGAUAGGAAGGAAAAAAGUACUGUUUUUCUUGUGAGGAAUAAGCGGAGAUACGGGAGCAUAAAUGACUAUUCAACUACCUUCAAGGCUAUGGAUGGGAUUCAGAUUAUUAAUGGGUUAGAAUGCAAAAUAUCAUGCAAUUCAUCUAAGGUGUCUUAUGUGCUUGAUACCGAAGACUUCUUGUUCCGCGUGAGAAAGAAGAGGAGAUUAUCGCUUGCUGGUACUCCACCUACUCGCGAUCAGGCACACAUUUUGGAUGUAUACACUGUCAAAGUACAGAGAUUUCAUCGGUUUCUAUCAAGAUCUUAGCAUCAUGUGCCCCAGAAAUACUGUUUGUGCUUGCUGUGAGACAGGAGCUAGUGCCGCCGCUGCAUUAAGCGACUUAACAAUAACUUCGACCGAGAGAAGCUUAUCGUCCCCGAGCGAGCUUUACGCUUCUUCCUACCGCGCGCUUCUCAAAACCACAGGUGAGAAGGUGUAUGGUAUAGAUAUCGGAGAUUACAACUGGCUUACUGUGGUUAUUUUCGCAACAAUUGUACAUAAAUGUAAGACUCAUGAUGAAUCUGGUUUCCUGAUUCGAAUACAAUUAUCGAUUUCCGCAAAGUAUUUUGGAGGCCUUGACUUCAUUUUUUUUUUUUUUUCCCUUUAUAUACUCUGCAGUUUGCCCCCUGCUCUAAGUAACCCCUUUUUUUUUCUUUUU